CACAGGACAUGACCCAUAAAAAUCAUCGCACCCAAAUAAAAAACCAGCCAUGGAUUGUAUCAAACUAAUAUUGCCUCUACUGUUCAUCAUAAUAUCUUUCUCGACUACCCUUUCCAAGGGUACCCCAAGCAACAUAACCUGGUGGUGUAACCUAACCCCGCAUCCAGAUCCAUGUAUCUACUUCAUGAACCACUCUGCGUUUGCACCUAAACACCGGCUCGAGUUCAGGGAUAUGCUUGUUCAGGUUGCCAAACACCGAGCCAUGAUCGUCCAGGACGAGGUCAAGCGGUUUGGACCCAGGUGCGAGACACCACACCAGAGAGCUGCAUGGGCUGACUGUCUCAAACUCUACGACGACACAAUUCUGCAACUUGACCGAACUCUUCAAGGCCUCGGCAGAACCAACAGGAGCUGCACAGAUUUUGACGUGCAGACAUGGCUUAGCACGGCGCUGACUAAUAUCCAGACUUGCCAUCUCGGUUCUAUGGACUUGAACGUUACAGACUUCAUCGUCCCGAUCAGUUCUGGGAAUUUGUCUGGACUUAUAAGCAACAGUUUGGCUAUUAACCAGGCUUUGCUAAAAACGGAAAGUAAUGGUAUGGCUAAUAAUAGUACUGGAAUAGAUGACUUUCCGAGUUGGGUAACGAGGAGGGAGAGGAAUCUGCUUCAGACGCCAUUGUCGUCAGUGAAACUACGACCGAAUCUGGUGGUGGCACAAGAUGGGUCCGGGCAUUUCAGGAGAAUCCAAUCCGCCAUUGAUUUGGCUUCGAGAAGGAGACGAAUGGGAAGAUUCAUUAUACAUGUCAAGAAAGGUGUUUACAGAGAGAAUAUUGAGGUUGGUAAUAAUAAUAAUAAUAUUAUGCUUGUUGGAGAUGGUAUGAGGAGGACGAUAAUCACAAGUAGCAGAAGCGUUGCAGGAGGUUACACUACUUACAAUUCUGCAACUGCUGGGAUAGAUGGGCUUCACUUCAUAGCUAGAGAUAUAACAUUUAGCAACACAGCCGGACCACGAAAAGGCCAAGCGGUGGCGCUCCGAUCAGCCUCCGAUCUCUCAGUUUUUUACCGGUGCGCCUUUCAAGGAUACCAAGACACUCUAAUGGUGCAUUCUCAGCGACAAUUCUACAAAGAAUGCUACAUCUACGGUACUAUCGACUUCAUCUUCGGUAACGCCGCCGUCGUAUUCCAGAACUGCAUGAUUUUCGCCAGAAGACCAUUGAAAGGUCAAGCCAACAUGAUCACAGCUCAAGCUCGCGGCGACCCAUUUCAGAGCACCGGCAUAACAAUUCACAAUUCAAGAAUCUUGGCUGCUCCCGAUCUGAAACCAGUGAUCGGAGAAGUAAAGACUUACUUGGGAAGGCCCUGGCAGCAGUACUCAAGAACGGUGAUCAUGAAAAGUUAUCUCGACAAUUUGGUGAGUCCGAGUGGGUGGUCCCGGUGGGGGAACUCGGAUUUUGCUCUUGACACUUUGUAUUAUGCUGAGUAUAAGAAUUUUGGCCCCGCGGCUUCGACGAGAUUCAGAGUAAGGUGGCGGGGUUUUCAUGUGAUAAAUAGUGCGAGUGCGUCGAGAUUCACCGUCGGUAAUUUUAUCGCCGGAAAGUCGUGGUUGCCGGCGACUGGCGUGCCUUUUACGUCUGGAUUAUGAUGAUAUCCAAUCAUUGUGAUUAUAUAAUUAUUUUCUCCUGACUGAUCUGUUCCUAUAUUAAUCAAUUUAUUUGGUGGGUGAUUAUUAUUUUCUUUUUUCUAUUU